AGUUUCCUGGGGACACUGGCUGCCACUGUACGUACUCCUACCCAGGGGAGCUCACAGAGAGUUGGAUGAAUUCUGAGUUGUUAGCUGCGGUCAGCUGGGCUCCCGGGAGCCUGUUCCUGGUGGAAAACAGGGGGCGCCUGGCACAGGGACCAGCGGCUUGCUGAGAGAUUCAACAUGACACUUCUGGGGUCUGAGCAUUCUUUGCUGAUUAGAAGCAAGUUCAGAUCAGUUUUACAGUUACGACUUCAACAGAGAAGGACCCAGGAGCAGCUGGCUAACCAAGGCCUCAUACCACCACUGAAAAGUCCAACUGAAUUCCAUGAGCCAAGAAAAAAUUUGGAUAGUGACAAGACUGAAGAUUCCUUGAAACGCAAGGGCAGAAACAGAUCCAACCGUGCCGACUUGGUUACUAUGCACAUACUCCAAGCCUCCACUGCAGAGAGGUCCAUUCCAACUGUUCAGAUGAAGUUGAAAAGAGCCCGCCUCGCCGAUGAUCUCAAUGAAAAGAUUGCUCUCCGACCAGGGCCACUGGAGCUGGUGGAGAAGAACAUACUCCCAGUAGAUUCUGCCGUGAAAGAAGCCAUAAAAGGAAACCAGGUGAGUUUCUCCAAAUCAGCAGACGCCUUUGCCUUUGAAGAGGACAGCAGCGGCGAUGGGCUCUCUCCAGAUCAGACUCGAAGCGAAGACCCCCAGAGCUCAGCAGGAUCCCCACCAGAUGCUAAAGCUACAGAAGCCCCUUUGGCUGGCCCUCUGGGAACAAUUCAGGAUCUUGCUUCUGGCUCAGAAAAUGACAAGAAUGAUUCCGCCUCACAGUCCAGCAAUCAGCCAGAUGCUGGGAAGCAGGGUCUUGGCCCCCUCAGUGCCCCCAUCCCUGUGCAUGCUGCUGUAAAGUCCAAGUCCUUGGGUGACAGUAAGAAUCGCCACAAAAAGCCCAAGGACCCCAAGCCCAAGGUGAAGAAGCUUAAAUAUCACCAGUACAUUCCCCCUGACCAGAAGGCAGAGAAGUCCCCACCGCCCAUGGACUCAGCCUAUGCUCGGCUACUCCAGCAACAACAGCUGUUCCUGCAGCUCCAGAUUCUCAGCCAGCAGCAGCAGCAGCAGCAGCAGCAACAACAACAACAACACCGAUUCAACUACCCUGGGAUGCACCAAGCACAACUCAAAGAACCCAACGAACAGAUGGUCCGAAAUCCAAACUCCUCUUCAGCACCACUGAGCAAUACCCCUCUGUCGCCCGUCAAAAACAGUUUUUCUGGACAAACUGGUGUCUCUUCUUUCAAGCCAGGCCCACUCCCACCUAACCUGGACGAUCUAAAGGUCUCUGAAUUAAGACAACAGCUUCGGAUACGGGGCUUGCCGGUGUCAGGCACCAAAACGGCUCUUAUGGACCGGCUUCGACCCUUUCAGGACUGUUCCGGCAACUCUGUACCCAACUUCGGCGACAUAACGACUGUCACUUUUCCCGUUACACCCAACGCGCUGCCCAAUUACCAGUCGUCCCCUUCCACCAGUGCCUUAUCCAAUGGCUUCUACCGCUUCGGCAGCACCAGCUCCAGCCCGCCAAUCUCCCCCGCCUCGUCUGACCUGUCGGUGGCCGGGUCCCUGCCGGACACCUUCACCGACGCCUCUCCGUCCUUUGGUCUGCACCCGUCCCCAGUGCACGUCUGCACGGAGGAAAGUCUCAUGAGCAGCCUGAACGGGGGCUCGGGUCCUUCCGAGCUGGACGGGCUGGACUCCGAGAAGGACAAGAUGUUGGUGGAGAAGCAGAAGGUGAUCAAUGAACUGACCUGGAAACUGCAGCAAGAGCAAAGGCAGGUGGAAGAGCUGAGGAUGCAGCUUCAGAAGCAGAAAAGCAAUAACUGUUCGGAGAAGAAGCCCCUGCCCUUCUUAGCUGCCCCCAUCAAGCAGGAAGAUGCGGUCUCCAGCUGUCCUUUUGCAUCCCAACAAGUGUCUGUGAAAGGACAAAACAGCUCCGAGAGUCAACCCCCCGCUUGCGAAGCGGCUCCACUCCUGCCCCUUGGAAACGCUCACUGUGUGGAGUCCUCAGGUCAAACCAACGUACUUUCUUCCACGUUUCUCAGUCCCCAGUGCUCUCCGCAGCAUUCGCCCCUGGGAGCUCUGAAAAGCCCGCAGCACAUCAGUCUGCCCCCAUCGCCCAACAACCAUUACUUCCUACCCUCAUCUUCCGGGGCGCAGGGAGAAGGGCACAGGGUCUCCUCACCCAUCAGCCAGGUGUGCACCACACAGAACUCAGGGGCACACGAUGGCCAUCCUCCAAGCUUCUCUCCCCAGCCUUCCAGCCUCCACCCGCCUUUCUCUGGAGCCCAAGCAGAUAGCAGUCAUGGUGCUGGGAGCAACCCUUGCCCCAAAAGCCCAGGUGUACAGCCAAAGAUGGCUGGUUUACACCCUUCUGAUAAGGCGGGGCCCAAGUUUUCGAUCGCAUCCCCAACUUUUCCUAAGUCCAGUUCCACGGUUUCCGAGAUAACACAGCCUCCUUCCUAUGAAGAUGCGGUCAAGCAGCAAAUGACUCGGAGUCAGCAGAUGGAUGAACUCCUGGAUGUCCUCAUUGAGAGUGGAGAAAUGCCAGCUGAUGCCAGAGAGGAUCACUCAUGUCUUCAAAAAGUCCCAAAGAUACCGGGGCCUUCCCGAAGUCCUGCUGUGGUCCUCCCCAAGCCCUCGGCCUCCUGUGAACCAGCCUCUUCAGGAGGACAGCUCUCCUUUGAUCACUAUGCUGCCGACAGCGAGGAGCACCUGGAAGUCUUAUUAAAUCCCCACAGCCCCUUAGGAAAGAUGAGCGACGUCGCCCUUCUCAAAAUCGGGAACGAGGAACCUGCUUUCGAUGGGAUCAUGGAUGGCUUCUCCGGAAAGGCUGCAGAAGACCUCUUCAAUGCACAUGAGAUCUUGCCCGGCCCCCUCUCCCCGAUGCAAACACAGUUUUCACCCUCUUCUGUGGACAGCAGUGGGCUGCAGUUAAGCUUCACAGAAUCUCCGUGGGAAACCAUGGAGUGGCUGGACCUCACUCCACCCAGCUCCACACCUGGCUUUAGCUCCCUUGCCACCAGCGGCCCCAGCAUCUUCAACAUUGAUUUCCUGGAUGUCACAGAUCUCAAUUUGAAUUCUCCCAUGGACCUUCACUUACAGCAGUGGUAGAAUGCCAACGCUCAGAAAGACCAGUAGGAAUUCCAUGGGGGAUAUCUAUCACAAAACCCUUAAGUACUUCCCUUAUCUAGAAGAAGAAGAAGAAGAAGAAGAAAAUCCAAAAGAAGCAAUGGAAGCUUCUGUGACAAUAAGAAUAAGCAGGAGUCAUUUUUUAAAAAUAUAUAUGUUAUAUUUACUAACAUUCAGUAACUGUUUAAUAAUUUCAGCAAUGCAUUCAGAAAUGUGCAUUUUCAGAGUACAGAUGCAAAAAAAAAUUUUUUUCACUGCCUUUUUGAAUACCAAUAUUUUUUCUAGCCCAUAGUUUUUCUC